ACACCAAUAUCCAAAUUACAAACAAGAUUUUAAAUUCACAUGGCGCGAAUUGUUUUUAGUUGCGUUCCGUUUCACAGUUAGCAGCAAAGAGGAUUCUGCAUGUAACAUACUCUGUAGGAUAUGUUAGUAUCAUCUGUUUACCAACAUCCCUCAGGUGUCUUUCUCAGCUGUUAAUUAACUGUCAACUUACUGUCAAUAGCACGUGUAAAUGCAAUGCAAUAAGAUUAAUAUUAAUAAUAUCGAUAACCCGUGUGUUAUAAUGCGCCUAGGUACUGUAGUAAAACAAUAAAGUAUUUGCUACUGAACCUGUACUUUUAAAGAAAAUUCUACAUUUUCUAAACCUCAAAGUAAACAUUUCUUGGAAAGAGAUAUGAACAUAAAUAAACCAUGGCUACACUCGGUAAAAUGAAGAAAAAGAAGAAACAAGUUGAGUUUACUGCGGAUAACAUUGAUAGUACAGCUCCCGUGAAGAAGAUUCUCGAAGAUUUGCGCAAUAAGAAUAUUCAGGCAUAUAACUUUUUUAAUUACAACAUAAGACAAAGGCUAUCAACAAAGAAAACAUUGCCAAACUUUCAUUUUACUGUGCCUGGCCAUCCGUUAAAUGCAUUUAGUGAAGAUUGGGACGGGCAAUUGUUUACAAAUUAUUUUGAUCAAUUCCCAUACAAGAGCACUAAUCCGAAAAUUGUAACAGAGUUGAACCAUUCUAAUAAAACUGAUCCAGUAACAGAAUUAAUAAAACUUAAAAAUAAUUGGCAAUGGCAAUGGAGAUAUUUAAGAUAUUCAGCAACAAUUAACAACAUGUUAACGAAAUAUGAGACUCUAAAUGAUGAUGUUGUGCAUUGUCCGAAACAUUUAAUAGACAUGGCAAAGCAUUGCGAUAGUGAUCCAGACCCGUACUUUGAUUGUUCAUAUAACUGGUAUUAUUCUGGACAUGGCAACUUGCAACUCGUAACUAUACAAUGGAAUGAUUAUUUACUACAUAGUGAGUUUAAUAAAUUAUUGUUAUCUGAUUAUAAUAAAAAUACCAGAACAAUUAGCAGUCCAGUAACCACAUUUGAUUGUGGCAAUGGUAUGAAUAUUCUAGAAACAAUAUGCUCUUCACAGAACUUGAUCGCUUUACGUACUAAGAAUAAAGUUUUCAUAUUGAGAAUUGUCUCAGAAGCUGAUGAAAUACAUUUUGAGGAAAUCAAAACUGCACAUUCAGAAAUGCCGUAUACUGGUAUAUCUUUUGAUGGUUUUCAUAAGAACAUUUUGUAUGUAACUACUUUAGAUAACAAACUUACUAUAGUGAAUUUAGAUAGAAUGAAAGGAAGAAGUGUAAAAUUAACACCAAAUAUACCUGCAGAGAAUAAUUGGAAUACCGUACUCAGCUCGGAGAGAGGUUUCUACACUCAUAUAUCAACAAAAUAUAUAACACUAUAUGAUAAACGAACUAAUACUGUGAUAUACCAAUGGGGAGAUCUUAGAAAUGUGACGGAUGAAAUUUUAUGCAACGAUAUAACAUGUGCUUUACCAACCGAAACACCGUAUUUGUACAUAGGUUCGGAUCAUCACCUUUUCGUUAUGGAUAUGAGAUAUACACAUACACAAAAUCAAAAAGCCAAACCUAUAAAUAGAUGGACCCAUGGUAUGCAAUGUCCACCGACUUAUUUAUCAAAAUGCAUGUUCGGUUACAACAAAGAUUUGGUCUGUCUUAGCAGCCAAUGGUGUGAAGAUAUGUGUGUUUUACCAAACGAUUAUGAUACUAUGGCUAAAGAAUCUGAUGUGAUUAAUAUAACAAUACCAUUCCGACCUCCGAGUAUAACAGAUACACUAAAAACUGCCCGUCAGAAGUUACUAUGUCAUGAUUUAUAUAAUCCGAUAGACACAAGACUUCGUACGGCUAUAACUGGAUGUUUGAUUACUGAAUUUGAUGAAAAGUUUGAUGUGUUAAUGCAAAAUUCUUUAGGUGAUAUCUCAUGUCAUACAAUAUUUCCUAAUCAUUUGGAUAUAUUUAUGGAAGACGACAGUUGUCAAUGUCUCGAUGAAUGGAGUAAAUCUUAUAAAUUAGACAGGAAAGACUUUUUAGUCACUUCUGUAGUUGAUAUUGCAGACAUCUGGAAGAAUUUAAAAAGAGUUCCCGAGGGAUACAGGAUUUUGGAUAACAGACGUACAAAGUCUAAAUGUAAUGAAGAGGAGAUAUUUGAGAUAUUUGAUAAUGAAGGCCUUGAUGAAGGUCUUCUGGAGUUGUGGACGAAUAAAUUAGAAGACACUGUUGACCAAUCCUCGUUUGCGCUUCAUUUACAUUUCUCUGACAGUGAUGAAGAUGGCAAAUGAUUGAUUAUUAAUUUUAGAAAUCGGUGCUUAAUCUAGUUGAAAGCUCUAGCUUUAGAGCCCGCGCACACCUUUGAUUAAACUAUCGCACGACUGUUGUGCGAUUGUUUCGCAGCUAAUUCAACUGUUUAGUUGAACGAGUAAAAAUCAUGCAAUGUGCACACAAUAUAAGCUCAUAGGAAUCCAAGUUAGACAACAGUUGUACGAUUGUUAAGUCAAAGGGUCGCGUACACUCUAAAACUAAUCCUAUUUUUUUAUGUUAUAAUGAUGGUAAAUUUAUUUGGAAUAAAAUUUCUUCCAUAUGCGUAUACAAGUUCGUCGAUGUAACAGUGCGUUGUUUUAAUCUAUGACCCUUAUUGGAUGUGAGUGCUGAAGCAUCAAAAAUGAUCUCUUUGUAAUACUAGUUGGGAAUUUCUACACCUCAAUAAACGAAAUACUAGAUUAAUUAACUAAAAUUGUAAAUUUAUUUAUAUUAAAUACUUAUUCCAUGA